CCCGGAGCGAGCCGCAGAGGGGACUGUGGCCGCCGUCCUCCGGGGGCGGCCGCGCGCCGGGGGCCCGGGCGCCCCGUCCGGGAGGCUUUUUUUUUCGUCGUCCCCCUCCCCCCAGCGAGGGAACCCGUGCGGCCGCCAAACAAAGGUGCAGGUGAACCGGGUGUUCCGGAGGGCGCCGCGGGCCUGGCAUCGCCAUGAAGGCCCUGGACGAGCCUCCCUAUUUGACAGUGGGCACUGAUGUGAGUGCCAAGUACAGAGGAGCCUUCUGUGAAGCCAAGAUCAAGACAGCAAAGAGACUUGUUAAAGUCAAGGUGACAUUUCGGCAUGAUUCGUCGACAGUGGAAGUUCAGGAUGACCACAUAAAGGGCCCGCUGAAGGUUGGAGCUCUAGUGGAAGUGAAGAAUCUUGAUGGGACAUAUCAGGAAGCUGUCAUCAAUAAAUUAACAGACGCGAGUUGGUAUACUGUAGUGUUUGAUGAUGGAGAUGAGAAGACGCUGAGACGGUCCUCACUGUGCCUGAAAGGAGAGAGGCAUUUUGCUGAAAGUGAAACUCUGGACCAGCUCCCGCUCACAAACCCUGAACAUUUUGGCACUCCAGUCAUAGGAAAGAAAACAAACAGAGGAAGAAGAUCUAAUCAUAUCCCAGAGGAAGAGUCCUCUUCAUCCUCCAGUGAUGAAGAUGAGGAUGACAGGAAGCAGAUCGAUGAGCUCCUAGGAAAAGUUGUCUGUGUCGAUUACGUUAGUUUGGACAAAAAGAAAGCCCUCUGUUUUCCUGCUUUGGUGGUUUGUCCUGAUUGUAGUGAUGAAAUCGCUGUGAAGAAAGAUAAUAUUCUUGUUCGAUCUUUCAAGGAUGGUAAAUUUACUUCAGUACCCAGAAAGGAUGUCCAUGAAAUUACAAGUGACUCUGCACCAAAGCCUGAUGCUGCAUUAAAACAAGCCUUUGACCAGGCGCUGGAGUUUCACAGAAGUAGAACUAUCCCUGCCAACUGGAAGACGGAGUUGAAAGAAGACAGCUCCAGCAGCGAGGCGGAGGAGGAGGAGGAGGAGGAGGAGGAUGAGAAAGAAAAGGAGGAUAACAACAGUGAGGAGGAGGAAGAAAUAGAACCGUUUCCAGAAGAAAGAGAAAACUUUCUCCAGCAGUUGUACAAAUUCAUGGAGGAUAGAGGCACACCUAUUAACAAACGACCUGUGCUUGGAUAUAGAAAUUUGAAUCUCUUUAAGUUAUUCAGACUUGUGCACAAACUUGGAGGAUUUGAUAAUAUUGAAAGUGGAGCUGUUUGGAAGCAAGUCUACCAAGACCUUGGAAUCCCUGUCUUAAACUCAGCUGCAGGGUACAAUGUUAAAUGUGCUUAUAAAAAAUACUUAUAUGGUUUUGAGGAGUACUGCAGGUCGGCCAAUAUUGAAUUUCAAAUGGCACUGCCAGAGAAAGUUGCUAACAAGCCAUGUAAGGAGUGUGAAAAUGUAAAAGAAAUAAAAGUUAAGGAAGAAAGUGAACCAGAAAUGAAAGAAAUAAAGAUUGAAGAGGAGGAGAAGAUGAUAAUGAAAGAAGAAAAGCCUGCUGAGGAUGAUGCUGAAAGAAAGGAAAAUAUUAAACCCUUCCUGGGAAGUAAAAAGAAUUUAUUAGAAUCUAUAUCUACACAAAGUGAUCAGGAAAAAGAAGUUACCAUAAAAAAGGCAGAAGAAAAUGAAAAUCUGGUGGACAAAAAUGAUGAUACAACUGGGAUAGAUGAAUCCUUCAGCAUAAAGGUAGAAGCUGAAGAAGAAAAAGCAAAAUCUGGAGAUGAAACGAAUAAAGAGGAAGAGGAAGACGACGAAGACGCGGAAGAGGAGGAGGAGGACGAGGAGGAAGAGGAUGAAGAGGAGGACGACAACCAGGAGGAAGAGGAGUUUGAAUGCUAUCCACCAGGCAUGAAAGUCCAAGUGCGGUAUGGACGAGGGAAAAAUCAAAAAAUGUAUGAAGCUAGUAUUAAAGAUUCUGAUGUCGAAGGUGGAGAGGUCCUUUACUUGGUCCAUUACUGCGGAUGGAAUGUGAGAUAUGACGAAUGGAUUAAAGCAGAUAAAAUAGUAAGACCUGCUGAUAAAAAUGUGCCAAAGAUAAAACAUCGGAAAAAAAUAAAGAAUAAAUUAGACAAAGAAAAAGACAAAGAUGAAAAAUACUCUCCUAAAAACUGUAAACUUCGGCGCUUGUCAAAACCACCAUUUCAGACAAAUUCAUCUCCUGAAAUAGUGUCUAAACUGGAUCUUACUGAUGCCAAAAACUCUGAUACAACUCAUAUUAAAUCUAUAGAAAUCACUUCUAUACUCAAUGGACUUCAAGCUUCUGAAAGUUCGGAAGACAGUGAGCAGGAUGACGACACAGGUGCUCACGACAUGGACAGUGCUGGCAAGGAGGAAUCGAAGGCGGAGUGCUUGGCCCAUGCCAGAAAUGACCUCCUUUCAAAGGAGGAACAGAACAGCGCAUUUUUGCUGGAAGAAAGCAAGGUCCACGCAGAGUUGGUAAUACCUAAACCAGCGUCCAAGUCUCCGGAAAGGUUAAGAAAAGACAUGGAGGGCGUGUCCGAAGAUACCGAUUACGAAGAAGAUGAAGUCACCAAAAAGAGAAAGGAUGGCAAGAAAGACACCCCCGAUAGAGCCUCAAAGCCGCAGGUCAAACGUGGGAAAAGAAGGUACUGCAGCACGGAGGAGGGCGGGAAAACCGGGUCGCCCAGCAAAAAGGACGAGAAGGCCAAGAACAAAGACUCGCUCUGCGUAGAGAACAGCAGCAACAGCUCUUCCGAUGAAGACGAAGAAGGGAAACCGAAAGCGAAGCUGACGCCGACGAAGAAGUACAACGGCCUGGAGGAAAAGCGGAAAUCUCUGCGCACCACCGGCUUCUAUCCGGGCUUUUCCGAGGUGGCGGAGAAGAGGAUCAAACUCCUGAACAGCUCGGACGAGAGGCUUCAGAACAGCCGAGCUAAGGACCGCAAAGACGUCUGGUCCAGCAUCCAAGGCCAGUGGCCCAAAAAGACGCUCAAGGAGCUCUUCUCCGACUCGGACACCGAGGCCGCGGCGUCCCCCCCGCACCCGGCCCCGGAGGAGGGCCCGGCCGAGGGGGCCCUGCAGCCCGUGGCCGAGGAGGAGAGCUGCUCCCCCGGGGGCACCGAGCUGGACGCCCCGCUGCCCGCCGGCCCCGGCCCCGACCCCCAGCCCGCCGAGGACAAGCCCCUGGAAGCCGGCGACAAGAAGGCGGACUUCCCGAGCAGCGGCAGCAACUCGGUCCUCAACACGCCGCCCACCACCCCGGAGUCCCCGGCCUCGGUCACGGUCACGGUCACGGAGGCCGGCCCCCAGCCGGCUCCUGUGCCCGCAUCGGACGCGCUGGCCCCAAACCAGGAGGAGGUGCGGAGCAUCAAGAGCGAGACGGACAGCACCAUCGAGGUGGACAGCGUGGCCGGGGAGCUGCAGGAGCUGCAGUCCGAGGGCAACAGCUCGCCCGCCGCCUGCGACGCCAGCGUGAGCUCCAGCAGCAGCGCCCAGCCCGAGCCCGAGCCUCCCGAGAAAGCCUGUACAGGUCAGAAAAGAGUGAAAGAAGCUCAGGGAGGAGGAAGUUCAUCAAAAAAGCAGAAACGAAGCCAUAAAGCAACGGUGGUAAACAACAAAAAGAAGGGAAAAGGCACCAACAGCAGUGACAGCGAGGAGCUGUCUGCCGGCGAGGGGGCCCCCAAGCCGCAGCCGGCCAGACCGCUCCCCACGGCGGGGAAGGCCCACAGCGCCAAGUCGCCUGCGCGGACCCAGUCGCCAGGGAAGUGUGGGAGGAACGGGGACAAGGAGCCCGACCUCAAGGAGCCCAGCAGCCGGCUCCCCAAAGUUUACAAGUGGACCUUCCAGAUGUCGGACCUUGAAAAUAUGACAACUGCUGAACGCAUCACAAUUCUUCAAGAAAAAUUGCAAGAAAUCAGAAAACAUUAUCUGUCAUUAAAAUCUGAAGUAGCUUCCAUUGAUCGUAGGAGAAAGCGUUUGAAGAAGAAAGAAAGAGAAAGUGCUGCUACAUCCUCCUCCUCCUCUUCACCCUCAUCCAGUUCCAUCACAGCUGCUGUUAUGUUAACGUUAGCUGAACCGCCGGUGUCCAGCGCAUCGCAGAACGGAGUGUCGGUUGAGUGCAGGUGACAGCAGGGUUCGCUCAAGCACUUUGCACUUAAUGGCUGGAGGGCCACGUCCUUUUCAUGCUGCACAGUGGCACAGAACAAAAUCACACAAAGCACUAUUUUAUAUUUAAAAAAUGUUUCUUGACAAGCUGACUUGGCACUUAAGUGCACUUUUUUUAUGAAGAAAAAGUACAAUGAACUGCUUUUCCUCAAGCAAUAAUUGUUUCCAACUUGUCUGGGAAUUGUGUGUCUGGUGACUUGAAGGCCUUCCACUGUGGCUAAUGGAGGCUUUUCACUGCCUGUAUAGACGAUACAGUAAGCGUAAUGAUUGGGUGGCCAGAAAAGGGUGAGACAACUUACUGUAUAUGUAUUCCCUUGUAUUUUGUUAAAGCUGGAGCAUUUGAUAUUUUUCCAUUUAUUUAUGAAAAAAAUAUGAACCUAUUUUCAUUUGUACAAGCUAAUUGUUUUUUAAAGAGAGUCACUUUGGUGGCUUUAAUUGUAUAAGUCAAGCACAUGUAAUAAAUUCAAAACCUGCCGUUAACGGGACAUCAGACACCAGUCCUGGUAACCAAAUAUUAAAGAUUCUCUUUAAAAAAAAGACUGAACAUGUUUACAGGUUUGAAUUAGGCUAAAAGGUCUUGCAGUGGCUUUUCAUCCCCUUCAAAUUGGAAUGGAACUACUGUACUUUGCCAUUUUUCUAUAAAUCAGUAUUUUUUUUUAAUUUUGAUAUAAUACAUUGUGUGGGGGAAAAAAUGGCUAAUAAACUGUAUUAAAUCUUAAACAAUGUAUAAAGAUUGUAUUUAGCCAGUUCAAAGUGUAUAUUUAUUCAUAAUGAAUUAUAACAGUUAUAUUUUUGUGUUUUCUUGUAAAUGUUUCUUUUCCUUAAAUACAGAUAACUCAUUUGUAUUGCUUAUUUUAUUAUGAGCUACAACAAGAGGACUUCAGGAACAAGUAAAUUGUAUGAGUAUGGUUCAAGGUUGAAAUAUAAAUAGGUAAUCGGGUAGUAGGCCUAUGAAAUUAAAUGCCUUGUAUAAAAUAAAUGGACGCAGAAUUGUUUUCACUUGUAUUGACUUUAUGUUGUAUGAUUCCAACCUCUGUUCUGUUUGGCACUUGUAUUUAAUUCUCCACCUUUGUAAGACAUUUGUAUAUUGCGGAUGUGUUCAUUCAAGCUAUUUAAUACCUGGCACUGUUAAUACACAGUACUUUACUGUACAGACUGUUUUACUGUUUUAAUUGUAGUUCUGUGUACUUUUUUUUUUUUUUUAAUGGGGCUGGCAUGUUUUAUUUGUUUUCAGGCAAAAUGAUGUGAGAAUUUUGAAGUGUUUUGUUGUAGAUGCUAACGUGUCAGUCCUUUACAUUCAACUUUUCUAAGAAAAGCCUUUUUCAGUCUUGUAGUGUGUGCUUACAGUAACUAAUUUUGUUGAAAAUGGUUUCAAGUUACUCAAAUUUGUACAGGAUUGUAAAGAUUUGUUGACAGCAAAACAUUGAAGAAAAAGCUUAUAGAAUAAAAGCUAUAAAGUAUAUAUUAGGAUCUGCAAACAAUGAAGAAUUAUGUAAUAUAUUGUACAAAUGUAAGCAAAGGCUCUGAAAUAAAAUGCCAUAGUUUGUGAGCCAUUGA